AUGUUCUGUGACAAGGUGCUGUCCUUUUUGAAGAGCCUAUCGAGGCGAAAGCCACUGGAGCCUGAUGGUGAAGAGUCCAACUUCAAGCGUUGCUUAACCACACUCGACCUAGUGGCCCUUGGGGUGGGAAGUACACUUGGUGCUGGGGUCUAUGUCCUUUCUGGGGAGGUUUCCAGAACAGUAGCUGGUCCCAGCAUCAUUGUGUCAUUCUUCAUUUCAGCAGUGGCAUCUGUGUUUGCGGGCUUGUGUUAUGCAGAGUUUAGUGCCCGAGUGCCCAAGACUGGCUCUGCCUACCUGUACAGCUACGUCACUGUCGGAGAGGUGUGGGCCUUCAUCACCGGCUGGAACUUACUGUUGGCAUACAUCAUAGGUACAUCCAGUGUGGCAAGAGCAUGGAGUGGCACUUUCGAUGACUUGAUUGGAAAUAAGAUUGCCAGUUAUUUGAGUGAAAAUACCCCAAUGAAUUUACCUGGCCUCGCUCCCUAUCCAGACUUCUUUGCCGCUGGCCUUAUCCUGGUUUUGGCAGGGAUCCUUGCCUUUGGGGUGAAGGAGUCUGCCAUUGUCAACAAGAUCUUCACAGCUAUAAAUAUGGUAGUUCUGGUUUUUGUAAUCAUUACUGGAUUCAUCAAGGGUGACAUUGGAAACUGGCAGAUAACAGAGGAGGAAAUUUGGAACUACACAAUAACUGCAAAUCUCUCAACCUCAAAUGAAACUUUAUCCAGUUUUGGAACUGGAGGAUUCUUUCCCUUUGGUUUUGAGGGAACUUUUGCUGGUGCCGCUACCUGUUUUUAUGCCUUUGUGGGAUUUGACUGCAUUGCAACCACAGGGUUUGUUUAG